CAUGGAAAUGAACCGCUUCCUCACCUAUAUAUACUAAAACACUACACACCAACCAAGCCAAAAGAAUUCCAAAAUGGCUAGCCUUAUGAAGAAAUCAUCAAAGGAUUUUAUUGGCAAAUCCAAGUCUGAUAUAAUUCGCUGCAAAAAGCACCCCAAACACCGGCAAUCACCUGGAGUUUGCUCGCUUUGUUUAAGAGAAAAGCUCUCUAAGCUAUCAACUUCAAGCUCAUCUCGUGUUUAUAGUUCUACAAUGGAGUCAUCGUCUUCUUCUUCGUUAUCGUCUUACUAUUCCUCUUCAGAAGCUUCUUCUUGUGCUUCUCCAAUGCAUCGGUAUCGCUUCACUACUGAGGGGAAGAAUAAUAUUUCUUUGUUCAGUUUGUCGUUCGUUAGCAAGAACGGUUUGACAAAGAGUAGAUCGUUGGCUUUUUUUCCUAGAACGAGAGGUAAAGAGGGUGAUGAUCAUGAUAACAAGAAGAAGAAAGGUGGGUUCUUGUCCAAGUUACUUCGGCCAAGAAGUAAGAAGAUUGAGGCAGGAUUGAUGCAUUCUAGGAGUACAAUAGAGAUCGCUGUUACCAGCUAAUUAAUGGACGAGUAGUGAUCUCAUUAAGGAGUUCUCUUGUUUUCUUGUUCUUCGUUUAUCAUUCAUAUUUUUAUCUUGCUAGAUUAGAAUGUAGUUAUAAACCAAACUUGUACAACAAAGAAAAAAGAAGAGUAUGUACUGAAUUGAUAGAAUAAUAUAAAGCAUGCACAAAAAGAAGAAUUAUGUCUGGUGUAUACGUGUACGUACUGACCUCUUGUGGGAAUAUGAAGAAAGGUACAUUCGCAGUUUCUGUUUCUCUGUUAAGUGUUUGCUUGUAUCUAGCUCACAAUAACAAUAUUGUACUUGAGAAAAUGAUACACGACCAUUUUGCCUUAGCUUAUUUAUUUGUUUUUUUUUUUUUUAAUAGUCUUUGUUGUUUUGCAUAUAUUUAUAUAAAGAGCUGUUUAA